CCCAGUGUUUCUAACAGUUUGCACCAAUGCCUCGCAUUCACGACGUUUGUGCAAGAAUUCAGAAUGGCUUCCGUGCCAAACUUCAAACAAUUGCGAUACCAGAGACAAAGAUGAAUUUAGCCAUUUCCAACAUUCUUUACAAGGAAGGUUUCAUUGCCUCCGUCAGCCGUGGAAAUCACCUUGGCCCUGAUCAAAAUUAUACCCCUACCACCAAUGAAAAUGUGGCUACUCGACGUCUUUGGCUUACAUUAAAAUAUAAAGAGAACUCACCUGUCUUGUCUCAAUUAGCCGUUAUUAGCAAGCCUUCACAGAAAGUUUAUUUUACAGUCAAUGAUCUUAAAAAUCUUGCCAAUGGAAGAAGAGCACAAUUCAUUAAACCACUUCAACCUGGAGAAGUUGCCAUCAUAAAUACUAAUCGUGGUGUGUUGGAACUUCAAGACGCUAUUGAAAAGAAUGUAGGCGGUGAACUUAUUUGCCGUGCCUCAUAAAAAACAAGUUCUCCCAUUUGCUGCUAAAGCAUAAAUUCUUUUUGUUGUAUCAUACUUGUUUAUUUUACUGGAAUAAAAUAGAUCUUUUUUUUAUACUUGAUAAAAAGGGGAAGCCUGCUUUGCGUUAUAUUGCGUAAAUCAAACACGAGACAUUGACCCUGUGUCGUUAUUCCUGGG